AUGGACCUGAUUCAAACAUCUGUCUCUCAAGCGCAGGACCAUCCAUUCCUUAGCACGUUCGUCGGCUUCACGCUCCUGGCUGCUGUUGCCCUCGUUCCAAGCCACGCACUAAGAAUGGUGAAACCACGAUACUGGCAUUCUACGAAAUCACUGGUCCUAAAGACGAAAGACGGCAAGACGACCUCAUUUGCGGAUCUAUGCAAAACACUCAUUCCACCAUGCCGACUCAAUCCGUUCCUAUUCAAUGGCCAUUUGCAGACUAUAUGGACGACUUUGACGAAACAAUCUGUCCCCAUCUACUACAAGCGCCGGAUCUUUGAGAACGAAGAUCCAGUAUACACAGGUCAAUUCUCUGUUGAUUUCGUCACCGCGCCCAACGAAAAGCACGACCCAGGUCUACCACCGCGCACUAGCUAUUUUACUGAGCAGGAGCUUCAGGAUAUUGGUUCGUUGGAUAGCAAGCCGAUGCUAGUGAUGCUACAUGGUUUAAGUGGAGGGUCGCAUGAGCUCUACCUCCGCCAUGCGCUUGCACCUCUGGUAGGCGACGGUGGGUGGGAAGCAUGUGUGGUGAUCUCGCGAGGUUGCUCCGGGACGAAGAUCACCACCAGUGUGCUGUACAAUGCACGGGCCACUUGGGACGUGAAGCAGGUAGUCCAAUGGCUUAGGAAGACAUUUCCUAACCGUCCACUGUUUGGCAUGGGCUUCAGUCUCGGUGCCAACAUCAUGACGAACUACCUGGCCGAAGAGGGCAGUGAGUGCGCGUUAAAAGCGGCCAUCAUCCUCUCCAACCCCUGGGAUCUCAUGGCAGGCAGCCUAGCCCUGCAGAGGACCUGGUUCAACCGCAACGCCUACUCUGCCACUAUGGGCAAGAGCAUGAAGAGACUUUUCGAGCAGCACGUCGAACACAUCUCGAAAAAUCCCAUGAUCAACGUCGACGCCGUGCGGAAGAUCAAGUACCUCCACGAAUUCGACCGGCAUGUCCAAGGUCCCACCUGGGGAUAUCCCACAGAAGGAGCAUAUUAUCGCGAUGCUUCUUCUGUCGAUUCUGUGAUGGCCAUCAGAAUCCCUUUUCUGGCUAUCCAUGCUGAAGACGACCCGGUAACCGCGAGCGAAGCGCUGCCGCGAGAAGAAGUCAAGCAGACUCCGUACGGCGUGCUGUGUACGACCCCGGGUGGUGGUCAUUUGAGUUGGUUCGAGCUCGGUGGCAGACGGUGGUUUGAGAGAGCUUCGACAGCAUUCUUCCAGGCCAUGGCCAGCGACAUCGACUUGGACUCCAUCUCCAAGACAGACGUCAGCGACGCUCAGCUCGAAGGUCAGAUAUCCCGCGCAGAGCGAGAGCCUCUGAAACCAGUCUUUGAGCCGAUGCGGCGGAAGAUGCACAUCCCAGGAUUAUGA